AUGGAGGGUGAAGAUGACAAUGAAAACGAUGGGAACAGCUGCAAAACUAUUUAUACCAAUUCUGAUGAUGAAAAUAACGACGGUGAAUAUUCAGAGAAGUUCAUAAGGGUGGUACAGAACAUGAUAUCAGUUGUCCCUAAUGAAUAUGUAAUUCAAUUCAUGGGCAUUUGCAAAGGUAACUUUAUUUAUCACCCGUUGGAACUCUGA